AAGUGGGCCGUGGACCUAUUGGUUUAUUUUUUUAUCCCUUGUAGUUAAUGCUGUUUGUCUCAGCGUGGUGCUGUUGCAUAGAGCAUACUGGAACCAUGGCCCUUGUAAAUAGUAUUUUACCGUUGAACCGAAUUGUUGAUCCUCUUUCUAGACAUUGUUCCCUCGACUAGACUAGCUGCUCUCUUCUAUUCUCUUUGCUGUAGUCAAAGCUAUUCUUGCUUCCUCCCCUCUUCUUCCUCGCCUUUCCAGAAUCCCUCUUCUUCCUUCAUCACAACCUGCUGGUUUUGCCUCUACUUGCCACUCCUCUCCCUCCUUCUUCUCUUUCUUUUCUAUACAGUGGGACCUUGGAAUCUCCUUGUUCUCCUGCGUGGACCCCUCACAGCAUUGUGUUCAGCCCACAGUCUCUGCUUGUACGAUAGGCCUGAAUGGAGGCAGGAGAAGGAAAGGAAAUGAGAAUAGCGAUUGUAAAUUCUAUACAAAGAAUUGAAUUAUACACUUCUCAUUUGAUGUUGUAAGUGUAAUUAUUUCCUUUUCGAAACCAGGCUGUCUUUGAAAAUAUUAAAGAUUUUCUAAAGAAGACGACAUAAGUUCAGGGAAAUAAUUGUAACCCUCAUAUUUUAUAUAAGACUUACCUUGAUAAUCUGUGUCUGGGAUCACAGUCAAAAGUGAUCAGAUGAAGACAUAAGACAUUAUAAUACAAUUAUCCAUUGAAAACCAAGCAACUAGAUUUUUCCUUGACAUGAUAUAAACUGUGCCAUAUCUUUAACUAAUAUUAGUCAGUUGAUGCAUUCCUUCUACAUGUCGAGUUCAACUUAAAUUAAUAUAAAUUCGCUAACCAGCAUUUUGAAACCACUAUUUUUGUAUUGAAAUGGUACAGUGCCAUAGAAUAUGGUUGUGUUGACUGCCAUGCUGGGAGUGCUGUUGAGAUCAUAAGAAUACCCACGGCGGUGUUACUAUGCCACAAGGGAGGCGGAAGGGGAACUUCACUGUCUCUGCAAUAUCUUUCUUGCUUUUCUCUCAUGUUUUCUUCCAUUUACAUCUUCCAUUCUUCAUAUCUGUGGGGUCUGUUCCUUGUCUCAAAGCAGAAACAAAAAGGAAAGAUGGAUGGGAAAGUAAACACAGGUGGUACCUUCAAUAUUGUCCUCAAGUUCCGCCCUACAGUGAACCCCAUAACAUCAGCCAUACAUAAGGUUGUGAUGAAUAUAUGUAUGUAACAGACAUAACUUCUAGAUAUCUGGAUAGAAAGCAUACUUUAUAUGUUUGGCUACCAAAAGGCUUCAAUCAGAAAAAGGUUUUUUCACUAACAAAGCCAAUUCUGCCAAUAUUUUGCAAACCCUUCAAUGUAUUCAAACCCCUACUGGACAGAAGCAUUUGGAAAUGGCAUUAUAGGUUUGUUAAUUCCCUAAGUGACUCCAUAAGUAUUAACUGCUUUAAUAACUGCUUUAAUGUCCACCACAGUAUGGCAGCAUUACAGUAUCUCGCCACAUAUUUAUCUGCUGAUCUGGGUCUUUGGUUGUCUUUGUUGGUGCCUCUCUUCAUCUCACUUUGCUUUUCAUUCUCCUCCCUUUACACUUCUUCUUCUGCAUCUUCUUCUUCUUCCCUGAUCAUUAGUAAAUGAGAAAAAAAGUUGUUCAAUGAUUUGCCUGUAUUUAGUGGUUUAAUUUGUUAAUCGUCCCAAUUUACAAUUGAGUGAUGAAAACAAAAUCCUUCAAAUACUCAAUAAUGUGAAUAUGCAUUUGGUUGCGAUUUAACAAAAUUGUACGAAAACACCCUUCUCUCAGACUCACGGUCAAUAGGAUUCAGAGUAAGAAAGAUAAUCCUGAAUCAGAAUUAAUUUAUUUGACCUGAAUGUGUACUUUUAUGAUACAUAUUAACAGAACCCAGCCAGUAUUCAUCUCUUGAUGUAGACCAACAGUGAGUUAGUGAACAGUGAGACAUACAGACAGAUGCCAUCAACAAGCACACUCAUUUAAUGAGUUGGAUGGUAGGUGUUUCAGAAACCUAUUACCUAAUUUACAGCUUGACGGGCAGAAAAGUUGUGCUCAAGAGCACCAUAGCGGACAGGAAAUGGUACUAUAGCACUUGAUAACGUUUAAAAUAUUUGGAAAUAAACACAAUUUCAAUUCCAUUGGGUCUUUUAAGUUGUUGGUAUGAGAUAAAUAUAUAUAUACCUAACAACAGCUUAUGAAUAGAUUGAAAAGACUCUUGAAAACACAGCUGUUCUUAUUUAUUUAGUUGUUGGAUGUGAUGUCCUUCUGCAAUCUACGACUAAAUGUAGCCUUUGAAACCUUAUCAACGUGUGGGCAAACAUGCUUCCAAGCCUAAACUGGCGUGGGGUGAUAUAUUCAAUUGCCCUGUCGGGUCAAACAAUGGAUGGGACGCUCAGCUGAGUUAGCCUCGGUUGAGUAAGCCUGGCAAGUUAUGCUUCCAUUCUACCGGCAAGUGAUGCAGUAGCAACAUAUUUCAAAUAUUUAACAGACCUGUGAAUUAUAUCAAAAACCAACAGUAACCUCAUCCUGUGCAAAAUGGCCUCUACCGAGUGAACUAAAUCUACAGCUGAACUGUAGAUUUUUUAACAAGUGAAACGUCAGUGAAAAGUCCAUGGUUGUUUUUUUUUCCUGUAACAAUCCACGACACUGGGAUGAUGAUUGAUGUCAGAAAUAAUGCUGUAAUUAUGAGAAUUUCAAUGUAAAUUAUGUUUCUAGUCAAGCCCAUUUUAUUUUAAGAGGCAUGGGGAAGAUAUGCUACGAUUUUAAUUUGCUCAGCCAUGUGGAUGAAUAACUGAUCUUAGGUUUGAUUCCCAAAGUGCACCCCUUGACAAUGACAAUGUGAACCCCAACCUGCUCGGCUUGGAUUUCCUCUGGAUAAAUUGGAAGACUUGGAUUCAAAGGACUUAAAGUUUAUACAAAUUAUACCUGUAUGGAGAGGGGAGUCAUUCAGUGUGGAUAUUAAUCUCCUCUAUUACCAUAUCAUACCAAAAGCUUCCAUAAUACAUACAUUACAUAACUCCUGUAAUUUGUGACCAUAUAGUCAUUAUUGUCAGUUUAUUUAAGCAUUUUAACCUAGGCUUUUUGUCUGGCUGUAUUUCUUAGUUUCCUUUUCUGAAUCAUAAAUCGAAGGAGAAUCCCACUAAAGAGUAAUGCCGGACAUUAUAAUUCAACAUAAAAACGGUAUACACGCAAUGCACACACAAAUAUAUUUUUCGACAUUUUCGAAUAUCCCAGUCUUCGACCACCAAUGCAAACUGAUGGGUUUCCUUGGUAUUUGUCAAGGGGUUGGAUGAACAAAGGGGUCCCCCAGCUAUUUGUCAAUCGUUCUUAUUAAUAAAGUGCUGUUUCCUCAGGGGAGGAGAGAGAGAGAGGUCAACGACAUCAAAGCAGUCGGAUUUGACUCAUCUGUCUCUGCACCUUGGUGGAUUGGGGUGUGCAAGGCUGGCUGAGUCCUGAUUUGAAUGACAUUUCCAAACUUUACAUGUUAAUCAAAAAAAAGCAAGGCACGGUUUGUUUUCGAAAAAGCAACGGAAGGGAUCUGUGAUAGACACAGAAAUGGAAACAUUUUCAAUAGGUUCUAUUUGUUGUAUUUAUUGCAUAAAUUGUAUUCAGAAUCCACAUCAUGGAAGGAAUGGGAUUGUAAUUAGAAAUAAGAAAAAAGGUUUUUAAAGGUGAAAUGCCAAAUCAGGAUAUUGCUGUCUUUGCAGAACUCAGUCCUUCCUCCAUCACAAUGGGGAUGAAUUUGUGAAAUGUUAAUCUUGUAUCUUGUUUCGCGUUUUUAGCUGAGCUGUAGACGGCCGAGACAUUCUUAUACUACUGAUUCUCAACAUGCUAUAAAGAAUUAAAAAAAAGAAAGAAGGCAGAAAUGCUUUAUGACUAACAACCUUGACAUGGUGAAAACUGGUUUUGGUUCAGGUUUAAAAAAUAAAUCUCAAGUGUACGUAUGGAACUUCGGUUUUCUGUAGAUAUAUGCAUAUAUAUAAUAUAUAUAUGAACAGAUGGAUUUUUUUUUUCUCCAAAAAAAACUUUUGCGACAUGCAUUUAAAGAGACAACACCAUUUCCCCCACCACCUCCUUGAGGGAGAAGUAGAAACCUUGUCUUGUUAUAACGGUUAGACAAGAUUCAUAUUGUUUUUUACCAGCAAAGAUCCUUCGAACAUAUCCAUAUAAUUUGCAACAAUGACUGAACAUGCCUUUGUUAUGUUUCUUAUGCUUUUGGAUUAUCUUUUGUGGUGGUUCAAAUUGAAAAACAAAAAAGACGACCAGGCUAUAGAGACGAGGUAGUCUAGUUUUGAAUACAAUGAGGGAACUGUACUCUUGAUGUGUGUAUGUGCGUUCCUCCCUUGGUCUCUCUCUCUUCCUCUCUUUCUAUCUCUCUCUCUCCACAGUGCCAGGACCAUUGUAUGAACGAAUGUAGUGCUACCCCACAGGAGGCACAUACACACACACACAACUAAUUACUAUUGAAAAAAACGGUGAAAAAAAAGGAUUAUCGCAUCAU